AUGGAUUUUGGCGCUACCUACGGAUUGGUCUGCCUCUGUUUCCGAGUUCACUUUGUGGAAAUUUUCAAGAUGGAAAUUGGGGAUGAUGCUGCUGGUGCUGUAAAUACGGAGCCGGUGAUUGAAGGAGAAGAUAUUCUGAAUCGUGAAGAACUUGAAAGGGAGCUUGUUGCUACUGAGGAUGAUAUUCAAACCUUAAAGGAGGCACUUAAUGUCAAAAUUAAACGCUUAGUUGAGAUAAAGAAAAAGCUGGGGCACACGGAUAUAACCACAAUUUCGUACGAUGUUAGAGAAGGCUUAACUCGAUUUGGCGAAAGUGAGACAAUGCAGAAAACCCAACGUGCUUUCGCUCAAGCUCGAAGUAAGACAAUUGAUGUUGCAGAGGAUGUUAAGGAGAAGAUAACCACGUCCUUUGAAAACAUUAAGAACUCGGACGCCUUCAAGAAUAUCUCGGAAACAAUGGGCUCCGCUUUUGGUACCAUUAAGGUGAGUUUACUCAGUUUCAGCAUCGGUAUGCUCAUUUAUAGUGGAAGAUGUCAUUCUGUCACUGUGUUUUGUGUGUCUCUUAUAUUUUCUUCCGCUCCAAUUUUUAAAUCUUGCCUUCGGAUAAACUCUUGCUGA